AUGCCACAAAACACCUUGUCAGUCUUUGCCAUCCUCGUGCACAUCUGCCACAAGACCUUCAGACGCAGCGAGGAAGAAGAGCACCCACAGGGGGCUGGACUGAAUGAUGGGCAGUGGCAUUUGGUCUCCCUGAUGGUGAAGGGGAAUCAGCUGAGUGUGACUGUGGACCACAACCAGGCUGCCACCAUUCACGCUGCGCUGCCUGUGGAGACCCCUGCAGGGGUCGCCUACCGCUUUGGAGGGCCGCAGGCUGAGUCGCACCUGGCCCGGCUCUUGCUGUGCCUCUUUGUGGAGGCCCUGAGCCGGGUGCACGCGGAGUUUCUCUGUGAGGCUGCGUGGCUGUUCUGCGUGGCUGCAGUCGCCACUGCUGUCACAGCUUCGGAGCUGAGCUUGCCAGCGAGCCUUGUUCCUGUGGAGCAGUGCUCACAUCCGCACGGCAGAACCUGGCAGCGGGGUGCACAGAUUGCUCUCCACGUGGCGCUGGGUGCUGGACCUCACGGCGGCUGGGAGAGGUGCCUCCCUCCCAGCUCUGGACCUGAGUGUGAGAGCUCGCUCGGUGGAUUCCAGGGGUGUCUGAGGCUCAUCUCCAUCAACGCCCAAGAGGUGGACCUGAUCUCAGUGCAGCAGGGGAUGCUCGGGAAUUUCAGCAACCUGCAGAUAGACUCCUGUGGCAUCCUGGACAGGUGUCUGCCCAACCACUGCGAGCACGGCGGCAGGUGCUCCCAGACCUGGACCGCCUUCUACUGCGACUGCACCAGCACCGGCUACGCGGGCGCCACCUGCCGCCACUCCCUCUACGAGCAGUCCUGUGAAGCUUACAAGCACAGGGGCAGCCCCUCCGGGCUUUACCACAUCGACCCCGACGGCAGUGGACCCCUGGAGCCCUUCCCUGCGUUCUGUAACAUGACAGACGUCCCCUGGACCGUCCUGCGGCACAACGGCUCGGCCUUCACCAGGGUCAAGGGUGCAGACUGGGAGAGCCCGCACAGGGCCGUGUUCCAGUACACGGCCAGCCCAGAGCAGCUGUUGGCCACCAUUGGCCGUGCCGGGCACUGCCAGCAGGAGCUGGAGUUCCACUGCAGGAGGUUUCGGCUCUGGGACACUCGAGGUGACUCGGGCGUGAGGCCCGUCGGCUCCCAGGGACGGGCGUCUGCGGUCCGCGCGGUCACCGCUGCCUCUGUCUCGCGGGAGGGCGUGUCCACGUUCCCCCAGCUGCGCGGCUGCCACACGACCAACGACACAGGUGUGCUCUCCUACAAGGAGCACCUGCCCGUGACACAGAUCGUGGUCACAGACGCAGCCCGCUCGAGCUCCGAGGCCGCCUACAGACUGGGGCCUCUGCUGUGCCAGGGGGACCGAUUGUUCUGGAAUUCGGCCUCCUUCCACACUGAGACUUCGUACCUUCAUUUCCCCACUUUCCACGGAGAGCUCAGCGCCGACGUGUCUUUCUUUUUCAAGACCACAGCUUCGUCUGGGGUGUUUUUAGAGAACCUGGGGAUCACAGACUUCAUCAGCCUUGAGCUGCGCUCUCCUGCAGAGGUGACCUUCUCCUUCGACGUGGGAAACGGGCCCUGUGAGGUCACAGUACAGGCGCCCACUCCGCUCAGUGACAACCGGUGGCACCUGGUUCGAGCGGAAAGGAACAUGAAGGAGGCAUCGCUGCAGGUGGACCAGCUCCCACGUGGGACACGUGCUGCCCCUGAGGAUGGGCACGUGCUCCUGCAGCUCAACAGCCAGCUCUUCGUGGGUGGCACGGCUACCAGACAGAGAGGCUUUCUGGGAUGCAUUCGGUCUUUGCAGUUGAAUGGAAAGACCCUGGACCUUGAGGAAAGAGCCAAGGUCACCCCGGGAGUGGAGCCCGGCUGUCCAGGACAUUGCAGCACCUAUGGACACUUGUGUCACAAUGGAGGACGAUGCCAAGAGAAGCCCCAUGGAUUCUCCUGUGACUGUGAGCUCUCUGCAUUCACGGGUCCCUUCUGCUCACACGACAUUUCUGCAUACUUUGGAACUGGGUCCUCAGUGACAUACAAUUUUCAUGAAUAUUAUCCAUUAAGUACAAACUCCAGCCCCCAGGCUGCUUCAUUCCAUGGGGACAUGACAUUAACCAGAGAGAUGAUCACGUUCAGCUUCCAAACAGCACAAACCCCGAGCCUGCUGCUCUAUGUGGACUCCUUCUACAAGGAAUACCUUUCAGUUAUCCUUGCCAAAGAUGGGAGUUUGCAGAUUAGGUACAAGUUAGAUCUACAUCAAGAUCCCGAUGUUUUUAACUUUAAUUUCAAGAACAUGGCUGAUGGGUAUCUUCACCACGUGAAGAUUAGCAGAGAGGAAGGCGUGGUCUUUGUCGAGGUGGACCAGAAAGCCCGGAGACAAGUGAGUCUGUCCUCGGGCACGGAAUUCAACGCUGUCAAAUCCCUUGUGCUGGGCAAGAUUUUAGGCAAGUAG